CAACUUUGACACUCCGCCGGUUGAGAGCCUAGCCUACCAUCCGAUUCCGAGAAUGGAUGCUUCAGCCAUACUAUGUCUCCUCUGGGUUUCCCUCGGCUCUUGCCUUGUCUACAAAUUCCUCACCGCCUCCGGGAAAACCACGAGCAGCAGCAAUGCGCGGCGGCCUCCCGGCCCGGCAGGGAUACCUCUGCUCGGCAACAUCUUCGACCUCCGGGGCGCGGAGCUGCACCACGCCCUGGCCAGGCUCGCCGGCGUCCACGGCCCCGUCAUGUCCUUGAAGCUCGGCACGAGCAACGCCAUCGUGGUGUCCUCCGCCGCGGGCGCCCGUGACGUGCUGCAGAAGCACGACCAAAUCCUGGCCGGCCGGUCCGUCAACGACGCCGCGCGCGGGCUCGGCCACCACGAGGUCUCCAUGCUGUGGCUACCGGCCACCAGCCCGGUCUUCAAGCGCCUUCGCGCCGUGUGCAACAACCACCUGUUCUCGGCACGCGGCCUCGACGCGACGAGGGCCAUGCGCGAGGGGAAGGUGAGGGAGCUCGUCGGCUGCCUCCGCGACCGCCACGCCGGCCAGGUUGUGAGCGUCGGCGUCGUCAUGCUCUCGGGGAUGCUCAACCUCAUGUCCAACGUGCUCUUCUCUGAGGACGUGGCCGAUCUGAACUCCGCCGACGCGCAGGAGCUCGAGACGCUGCUCAACGACGCGAUCGAGGAGAUCACCAAGCCAAACCUGUCGGACCUCUUCCCCGUGCUCUCCAAGCUUGACCUUCAGAGCCACCGGCGCAACUUCGCGCUGUACAUUAAGAAGCUCUAUGAUUUCUUCGACCGGGUCAUUAGCCGCCGCCGUCAGAGCGCAGCAGGAGGUGAAAAGAAAGUGGAUUUCUUAGAUGUGUUGCUCCAGCUUCACUCAGAGGAUCAGUUCAGCCUUCAGACAAUCAAGUCAUUUCUCUUGGAUCUCUUUGUGGCCGGGACAUCUACGACCUCGCUCACGGUGGAGUGGACGCUGGCCGAGCUACUCCGGCAUCCGGCUGUCAUGUCAAAAGUCCGCGGCGAGUUGCAGCAGGUGCUCGGCUCAAAGGAAGAGCAGCAUCCUGACGAGUCCGACAUCGACAAGCUACCCUACCUCCGCGCCGUGGUGAUGGAGAUCAUGCGGCUGCACCCGCCGGCUCCUCUCAUGAUGCCGCAUCUGGCCAUGGCCGGCGGCGCGGAGGUCGGCGGCUUCCCGGUGCCUAAGGGCACCCAGGUGAUCGUCAACGUGUGGGCCAUCAUGCGCGACCCGGCGUCGUGGGAGCAGCCGGAGGCGUUCAUGCCGGAGAGGUUCCUGGGGACGGGUCUGGAUUUCCGGGGCGUGGACGCGCGUGCGUUCGUGCCGUUCGGGGCGGGGAGGAGGCAGUGCCCCGGGAUGCCGGUGGCGACGAGGUCGGUGAUGCUCAUCCUUGCAUCUGUGCUGCACGCGUUUGAGUGGAGCCUGCCCGACGGGAUGCGGCCGUGCGAUGUGGAUGUCAGGGACCGGUUCGGCACGUCCCUUAACAUGGUCACGCCCCUAAAGGCCGUGCCGACGCCUGUCCCUGUGUGGCAUUGAUCGAUCGAUUCUCAGUUGUGUAAUAAUGUCAUCAUGAUGACCUAUCUAAAUAAAAACACAUUCAUAGAUAGUGAAGACGAUGAGCAUGCCACGUGGUGUCAGGUGCCUUGCUUCUGUAGUUGUUGGAUGCUUGUUGUCGGACCUGGGCGUGCUGGACAACUUAUACUGCAUAAAAUCCUUUGUAACAACUUCAUCCAUCCAUGCCAAUAGACUUGCUUGUAAUUUGGAUU